AUGAUUUGGUUGCUUACGCAAACCACAGCUGCAAUAAUAGCGCUCAUACAGCUUGCGAGUUCAGCGACCAUUGACAAAAAUACAUAUCUUGACAAUCUUCCCUCUGAAGAUAUUACUGUGAAUUCCAAUGCUUUCCUAGCACUUAUACAUGCCAACACAUAUACAUUCAACGGCGGUAUUAAUAAUAAUGGUUAUUUAUUCAUGGGUAACGUGAACUCUGGUCAAUCAGGACUCAAGACUACAUUGUCAUCUGGUUCAGUCAGUAACCAAGGAACAUUUGUUUUAGAUAAUAGAAACGAAACCAAUGGUGCUAGUUUAUCCUGGUCUGGUUCGUCUUUUACCAAUACUGGAACUAUGUAUUUUUGGGGCGCAGGAUCCCCACAGAAUUCCUAUGAUUUUAACCCAUCUGGAAACUUUGAAAAUAAAGGUACUAUGGUUUUCCAUCAAGAUUCGAAAAAUACAGAUAGCUACGCUAACUUUCAAGGUAGUAAUGUGAAUAACGAUGGUACAAUAUGUUUAACAAAUACUAAAAGUUUGCUGAAGAAAUCAAUUGUAGGUAAUGGUUGUAUUACUAUUGGAGAAAACGCCAUGAUGGUUUUACAGUCAACAAGUUCUGGAACUAUGGGUUCACAAACUCUUUAUAUGACAUCCUCUUCAUCUAUUAUUUUUGCGGAGAGUGACGCGAAGACGGACAAUAUUAUUGUUCGCGGUUUUGGUAAUGGUAAUAUACUUACUUUCAGGACUUCUGUUGACCCAUUUCGUGGAAAAUGGUCUUAUGAUGGGAACAGUGGUGUUCUGACUGUGAAAUUAUGGCCUUCUAUUUCGCAUGCCUUCCAUAUUGGCAAAGGCUAUGAUAAAUCAAAGUUCAAACAAAAACAGAUUACAAAUAAUGUCACUCCUACGUUGGUGAACAACGCUGUGUACUAUGAUGGUCCCGUACCUGACACAAGUAAACCAGAUGUUUGUGCCAUCUGUCCUAAUAAUCCGCCAUGGAUUCCAGUGAUUAACGAGGAGACUAAUAAUGCCGCUUGGACUGGCACGUUCUUAUCAACUAAAGAUGUCCAUUACAAUUUUUAUACCGAUGGAAAUCAGCUUAAAGAAUCUAUAAUUUACGAUGUAGUAACUCCAAUCAGGACAGAAUUAGCAACGUCAUAUGAGGCAUGGACUGGCACAACAACUAACACUCGAACAACAAUUUUAGAAACAACAAAAGGACCAGACGGUUUUGAUACUAUCAAAGAAACAAUCAUUAUACAAACACCAAUAGAGAAAAGAACGACAACGAAAUUCGAAGGUUGGACUGGCAGUGUCACGAACACCCGUUCCACUGAUUUCUCUACCUUCACUGGCAGCGACGGCAGCGAGACGAUCGAGGCCAUCUACUACGUCCAGACGCCGAUCCACAACACAGCCACGACAGUGCUAGAGGCCUGGACUGGCAGCGUCACGAACACCCGUUCCACUGAUUUCUCUACCUUCACUGGCAGCGACGGCAGCGAGACGAUCGAGGCCAUCUACUACGUCCAGACGCCGAUCCACAACACAGCCACGACUGUGCUAGAGGCCUGGACUGGCAGCGUCACGAACACCCGUUCCACUGAUUUCUCUACCUUCACUGGCAGCGACGGCAGCGAGACGAUCGAGGCCAUCUACUACGUCCAGACGCCGAUCCACAACACAGCCACGACAGUGCUAGAGGCCUGGACUGGCAGCGUCACGAACACCCGUUCCACUGAUUUCUCUACCUUCACUGGCAGCGACGGCAGCGAGACGAUCGAGGCCAUCUACUACGUCCAGACGCCGAUCCACAACACAGCCACGACUGUGCUAGAGGCCUGGACUGGCAGCGUCACGAACACCCGUUCCACUGAUUUCUCUACCUUCACUGGCAGCGACGGCAGCGAGACGAUCGAGGCCAUCUACUACGUCCAGACGCCGAUCCACAACACAGCCACGACAGUGCUAGAGGCCUGGACUGGCAGCGUCACGAACACCCGUUCCACUGAUUUCUCUACCUUCACUGGCAGCGACGGCAGCGAGACGAUCGAGGCCAUCUACUACGUCCAGACGCCGAUCCACAACACAGCCACGACAGUGCUAGAGGCCUGGACUGGCAGCGUCACGAACACCCGUUCCACUGAUUUCUCUACCUUCACUGGCAGCGACGGCAGCGAGACGAUCGAGGCCAUCUACUACGUCCAGACGCCGAUCCACAACACAGCCACGACAGUGCUAGAGGCCUGGACUGGCAGCGUCACGAACACCCGUUCCACUGAUUUCUCUACCUUCACUGGCAGCGACGGCAGCGAGACGAUCGAGGCCAUCUACUACGUCCAGACGCCGAUCCACAACACAGCCACGACAGUGCUAGAGGCCUGGACUGGCAGCGUCACGAACACCCGUUCCACUGAUUUCUCUACCUUCACUGGCAGCGACGGCAGCGAGACGAUCGAGGCCAUCUACUACGUCCAGACGCCGAUCCACAACACAGCCACGACAGUGCUAGAGGCCUGGACUGGCAGCGUCACGAACACCCGUUCCACUGAUUUCUCUACCUUCACUGGCAGCGACGGCAGCGAGACGAUCGAGGCCAUCUACUACGUCCAGACGCCGAUCCACAACACAGCCACGACUGUGCUAGAGGCCUGGACUGGCAGCGUCACGAACACCCGUUCCACUGAUUUCUCUACCUUCACUGGCAGCGACGGCAGCGAGACGAUCGAGGCCAUCUACUACGUCCAGACGCCGAUCCACAACACAGCCACGACUGUGCUAGAGGCCUGGACUGGCAGCGUCACGAACACCCGUUCCACUGAUUUCUCUACCUUCACUGGCAGCGACGGCAGCGAGACGAUCGAGGCCAUCUACUACGUCCAGACGCCGAUCCACAACACAGCCACGACAGUGCUAGAGGCCUGGACUGGCAGCGUCACGAACACCCGUUCCACUGAUUUCUCUACCUUCACUGGCAGCGACGGCAGCGAGACGAUCGAGGCCAUCUACUACGUCCAGACGCCGAUCCACAACACAGCCACGACAGUGCUAGAGGCCUGGACUGGCAGCGUCACGAACACCCGUUCCACUGAUUUCUCUACCUUCACUGGCAGCGACGGCAGCGAGACGAUCGAGGCCAUCUACUACGUCCAGACGCCGAUCCACAACACAGCCACGACAGUGCUAGAGGCCUGGACUGGCAGCGUCACGAACACCCGUUCCACUGAUUUCUCUACCUUCACUGGCAGCGACGGCAGCGAGACGAUCGAGGCCAUCUACUACGUCCAGACGCCGAUCCACAACACAGCCACGACAGUGCUAGAGGCCUGGACUGGCAGCGUCACGAACACCCGUUCCACUGAUUUCUCUACCUUCACUGGCAGCGACGGCAGCGAGACGAUCGAGGCCAUCUACUACGUCCAGACGCCGAUCCACAACACAGCCACGACUGUGCUAGAGGCCUGGACUGGCAGCGUCACGAACACCCGUUCCACUGAUUUCUCUACCUUCACUGGCAGCGACGGCAGCGAGACGAUCGAGGCCAUCUACUACGUCCAGACGCCGAUCCACAACACAGCCACGACAGUGCUAGAGGCCUGGACUGGCAGCGUCACGAACACCCGUUCCACUGAUUUCUCUACCUUCACUGGCAGCGACGGCAGCGAGACGAUCGAGGCCAUCUACUACGUCCAGACACCUAUUUUUGUGUCUAGUUCAGACAUUCAUAGAAGUCCAUCGCACUCUAUCGACUCUUCUUCUACUGUACAAGCUAGUAUUGUAAGUUCCGCUAUGAGUUUGAAUUCCACUAAUUCUGAUAAAUAUGACGACACUCUCCGUGAAACGACUAUUUAUUCAACAUUCUACUCCAUGUCAAUGACAAUAGAGGAAAAAAUUGAAUAUUUUAUUUCAACUGAUGAAAAUGGCAAUAAGGUACAGGGAAUACAUACCGAAAUGAGUGGCUACAUGGUAGAUUCUCAACCUGUCUAUGCCUCAUACAAUAGCUCUAAAUCAGAGUCUGUUACAUCCUUAUCUUCCACUCAAGUGCCAACCAGCAGUGUAAUAGAUUCAAUAACAUCAAGCUCUAUUAUUGAGAAUUUCAUUGAGUCCGCAUCUACCUCGACUUAUCAAUCUGAUGAUUGGUCAGUCACACAGAUUGUAUCAUACUACAUUGUAACAAAUUCCAACGGUACACUACAGCAAGGAAUCAAUACCGUGUAUUUUAGAGAAAGAGUUGAUAGCUUACCAAUAUUUUUAAACUCAUCGGUUAGUCUCACCUCAGGUACCUUAACUUCUUCGAUUGAUGUUCCUUCCGAUCCUAACAUUAUUAGCGAAAGUACCGGUACCACGAUACCCGAGAAAGAAACUACUCUAUUCUCAAGCAAUUAUAAUCCGGAGAGUCAUGUCGAUAAAAGCUCCAGCAAAAUCUUCACUAGAUAUCAAAACUCAAGCUCCUCAAAUAUACAAUCAUCAGAACGAAAAUUAUCGACAGGUGAAGAUACUCAAAUAUACUCUAGAAAAACUGUAACAGAAACUGAUUAUAGCUUGAUUGCCAGUACGACUACUACGUGCCCACUCUCUAAUACAGGAUCGAGUAUGCAAUCCAAGAUUUACUCUUCCUCUCAUAUAGAGAAACAAAGCUUGGCAGAUACAACUUCAUCGAUAACCAGUAAGAAAAAGGAAGAAAUCAUUACAAAAACUUCUACCAAACAAUGGAGCUCUCCAUCUGCAUUGAAACCAUCGAAUGUUUUGGAAGAUAUUUCAAUAUUGCCACAAGUCCAAAAAUCAUCAAUAACUUCAACAAAAUCUAAAACAGUAGUUGUUUCAAGACCAAGUCAGAGCAUAGAUAAUGAAGCUAGGUCCUCAAAAUCUGAUAGCACGAAAAUAUCUAUAUCAACCAAAUCGCUAACUAUGGACAAUAAAUCGAACAAUGCGCAACUUGAUGUAACAACUUCUAAGACAUCCUUAUCAAGCCAUACUGUUCUAAAAUUGACUCCAUCCGAUGUUUAUAAUGAUAGUGAUAGUAAAACGAGCUCAGCAACGAAAAUUGCAUCAUCAUUUGUAACACCACCAACAAUUAGUCAUAUUGAGAGCACAUUGAUAACAAAGACACCAAAUAGAAUCGAUUCCGUGGCCAGUUCAUCGACGCAAACCACUAAGCAAAUCCUUCAACAAAUAAACAUCACAAAAGAAACCUCUUCUAUUGUGUCAAUGUCGCAGUCCGUUUAUUUACAGACUGCAAAUAGUGCAGGAUCAAGAUUGACAAAAACUGCAACCUUCGUCAAAUUCAUCUUGGGAAUAACAGUGCUCAUUACCAUACUUUGA